AUGAGCGCCCUGCCCGAGUCCCCGCUCAACGUCUCUACGAGACGUCCAACGAUCGCGCGCCACCUCGUCUACCGCAUCCUCCACCCCGUCAAGAAUUUUCUGUACAGCAUCGGUGAAUCUAUCGUUCGCUUCGUCGCCAUCCUGAUCCUCGAGCUCGCGCACGAUCUGGCCUUGUCGAUCGGCAACAUCUUCAUCGACGUCAGCGAGUCGGCCACCCGGUUGAUGAAUGGCAUCUCGUAUAUUCUUUUGGCCGUGCUCGAGGACGAUUUGCAGAACUACCGGGAGUUUAUCCGCGAUGAGCAGGCAGAAACCGACGAAGAUGAGCCGCUAGGAGAUGGUGACAUCGUACGCCCCGAAGUUGUCGUUUCACCGCGCCCGAGCCGU